AUGCCAAACAUGUCUGACGAACAAAUUGACUGCACUAUUAACCAUGAUAUUCACCAGUACCUCUUCUCCUGGACUUACAUUUUGGUCCUGCUGGUGGGCCUUCCAACCAACGCCUACUCACUCUACCAUGCCUGGCUGCAGCUGAGAGCUCGCAACGAGCUGGGUGUCUACCUGCUAAACCUGACUGUGUCGGAUCUGCUCUACCUUGCCUCUCUGCCUCUUUGGCUGCAGUACAUAUUCCAAGGUGAUGACUGGAGGUAUAGUGAGUGGGCCUGCCAGGUGUGUGGCUUUCUUCUCUACGAGAACAUCUAUGUCAGCAUUGGCUUUUUGUGUUGCAUCUCUAUAGAUCGCUACCUGGCUGUGGUCUACCCCCUUCGCUUUUCCUCUCUUCGCACUAUGAAAGCGGCAGCGCUGGUCAGUGCCGUGGUGUGGCUCAAGGAGCUUGGUUUGGGAGUCAUCUUUUUUCACCACAAGGAGCUGAGCAGGGACAAGUCAAACCAGUCAGUAUGCUUCGAGCACUACCCCAUGCAAUCAUGGGAACACCCUAUCAACUACUACCGCUUCUAUGUGGGCUUUCUGUUUCCAUUUGGAAUCCUUUCCGUGUCCUACUUUCGGGUUUUGCGGGCUGUGGGAAAGAGUGCAGGGACACAGACCUCACAGAAAAUCCGCAUUAAGUACUUGGUGACAAGCACUAUUAUUAUAUUUUUGGUAUGUUUCUCACCAUACCACAUCUUCCUGCUUGUGCGAACACUUAUAGAAAGAGAAUGCUCCUUUAUUGAAAAGAUCUUCAAUUACUACCAUUUCUCACUUUUGCUUACUAGCUUUAAUUGUAUUGCCGACCCAGCGCUUUACUGCUUUGUCAGUGAAAGCACGCAGCGCAGCAUUCAACAGGCUGUGGAGGCCUGCGCCCAUAUUUUUUGCUGCUGCUCCAAAUGUGAGGGAAGCUAUAACACAGAUUCUACCGAAGCUGCAGCACCCAACAAUGUUCCAGGCACGUCUGUAGUUAUGCUGCUGCAGCAGACCAAAGUGGAAAUGUGA